ACGCCACGGAGUCCCGAAACUGCUGGCUUAGGGUCAUGGGCUAUUUACGUCUUUUGAUAGGCUUAUAACAAAUGAAGCGAGCGAGCAGAGCUAUAAUUUUCCCGAAUGAUAACAGAUGACAGAACGGUUAAAUUAGCAUUAGAACGGGAACGACAUGUCGUAGAACGUACCGCAUCAAACUAUUUAAGUUCGCCAAGUUUACGAACGCUAACUCGAUAACAGCACGCAGAUUCCUCUCUUCCAACAUAACACCUUUAGGUGCAGGCAAACAAUCCUCUUCCGGAAUAAGGGUUGAAGAAGUCUAAGAAAUUAUGGAAGGAGAAACCUUGGUGUGCCUAAAAGACAUAGUGCCUUCAGCUCAAACAAACAUAAACACAAAAUUCAUAGUUUUGGAAAAAGCCAGGACAAUAGAAAGGCAGAAUAAGACAUGCUUGGCUCUGGUGGCUGAUGAAACAGCUGCUGUGCACUUCCAGUUGUGGGGAGAUGAGUGUGAUGCAUUUGAAGCUGGUGACAUCGUCCGUUUAACUAAUGGCAUAUUCUCCUACAGUAGAAACAAUCUUGUUUUGAGAGCAGGUAAAAGAGGAACCAUAGAGAAGAUUGGAGAAUUUACAAUGGCAUAUGUGGAGACACCUAAUAUGAGUGAGAUUCGUUGGGUUCCGGACCCUAAUAAUUCCAGGAAAUAUGUGCAGGAGACUGUCAUUUCCACCCAUUCUCGUAUUUUCCCUCCCUCAAAUUAAAUUUAUAAAACUUAUAGUUAUUAUUAUUUUUUUAUUUGUGGAAGAUACUUUUCAAAAAAUGAGUUAAUUUCUCAUGUCACCACCUGCUUCCUUCCCCCUAUUUAGUUCAUGUGGCAGAAUGUCAGGAUUAAUUUGUCGCCCUCAAUCCAUUUCAUCAACCACUAUAUGUUUUCAAAACGUUGUAUAACAAUGUAAACAGCCUUCCAGUUCACCAAAUUUAAGUUUUAUGCUUUUCAAGUUUCA